AUGGGCUCCAAUGUUGAUGACUUUGAGGACCUGGAUGACUUGUUAGAAGAUCCAUCGAAACUUGACGAAGAAACCCCGGAAGAACCAGCAAAAAAGAGCCUUCAUGAUAAAGGUAAUAAAGAUCAUCAAGAUGCCGAGGCGAAUCAAAUGAUGCAAGAACUGGAGCAAGAAUUUUCCAAAUUGAUGAAGGCAACGCCGGAGGGAGAGGACAAUGAAGCCGUGGAAAGCUUCAAAGAGCUUCUUUCUGCGUUGGGUAAAACUGGCAUUGUUGGUGCAGGGGAGAUUCGAGACGAUGCUCUCACAGAGAUGCAAAAUGCUAGGAGUAAAAACAGAGAUAGUGGCGACACUCCAGCAGGGUUCAAGGAUAUUGUCUCGAACACUUUGGAUAGAUUGAAAGAGAACAGCACCAAAGUGGAUAGUAACUUGGAAGAGGAGAAGAGGAAAAGAGACACAGGCGACAUUUUGUCGCAACUUAUGGAUCAGUUUGUAGAUGGUGCCGGACCAGAGGGAGAAGAAGGUAUGGAAAAUGCUAUCUUGGAGAUGUUGAAUCAAAUGUCGUCGAAAGAAGUGCUUUACGAGCCAAUGCGGGAAAUGCGUAUCGAAUUUGCCGCCUGGAUGGCAAGAGAGAAGGAUAAAGAGGAGCACAGACCUAAGAUAGGUACCUACGAGAAGCAAUACGCGCUCGUGUGUCGAAUCGUCGACACUUACGAGCGUCCGGAUUACACAAACGAGGCCUUCCGCGAAGAACUGGCCCUGUUGCUAGACGAGCUUGAGAAGCUUGGAGACUCCCCUAUCAAAAAGGGCUUCAACAACACGGAAGGCGAGGACGCUCCAGAUCUAAGUGGAUUGCUAAAUAUGGAUACAGAGGGUGGAAUGGCCACUAUGGAUAAAGAAAUGCAAGAGGCCUGUCAGCAGCAGUAA